GCGCUACGACUGGUUCGCUGCCGUGGCCGGAAUGGUGCAGUUGUAUAAUCUGCACCCAUUCGGGUCGCAGCAGGUGGUGCCCUGCAAGCUGGAGCCCGAAAGGUUCUGCGGUGGGGGCCCCGACGCGCUGUUCGUGGCAGCGGGCAGCAAGGUGGAGGCGUUCGCCGUGGCCGGACAGGAGCUGUGCCAGCCGAGGUGCGCCUUCUCCACGUUGGGCCGGGUGCUGCGCCUGGUCUACAGCGAGGCCGGAGACUAUUUGGUAGCAAUUGAAGAGAAAAACCAAGCUACAUUUCUACGUGCUUAUGUGAACUGGAGAAGUAAAAGGACUGAAAAUUCUCGAGUGUGCAUCCGAAUGGUUGGACAUAAUGUGGAGGCACCUUUUCGAGAAACCUUCAGAGACCAGAUGUCUAUUGUUGAAAUGCCGCUUUCUGAGACCCCCUUGUGCAUUUCCUGUUGUCCUGUGAAAGGAGACCUUCUUGUUGGCUGCACAAAUAAGUUAGUCUUAUUUAGUCUGAAGUAUCAGAUCAUUAAUGAAGAAUUCCCAGUAUUGGACUUUGAACGUUCUUUAAUUAUACACAUACAUAAUAUAACUCCUGUUGAGAUUUCUUUCUGUGUUGGAUAUGUGGCUGUCAUGUCAGACUUAGAAGUCUUAAUCCUAAAGCUGGAGUCAAACCCUAAAAAUGGAGAGAGUGUUCAUCACCAUCCAUAUAAGCCCAACAGUCCAGUGACACAGGCAAAUGAUGAAGGCACCAGUAAUGAAACUUUGCAACUUGAGUCAGAGGAUUUUGUGAUCUGCCAGAAGCCCAUGGAACUUCUUGGUCAAAAUAGUGAACAGUCUGGAGUAUCUGUUACCCUGGAGUCAACGGGAUUAGAUGAUGAAAAAAUAAAAUAUUUCCACGUUCAGCAUCUGCUCUAUAGACGUUUUGCUCCUGAUAUUUCGUCCUAUGUCUUGUCUGAUGACAUUAAGUUGCAUUCACUUCAGCUGCUACCCAUUUACCAAACAGAUUCUCUUACUUCUGAGAGAAAAAAUUUGUCUCAGGAAAAGGAGUUGCUGAGUCUCUUUUGUUUUUUCUCAUUGCCUCAUGUGGGCUAUCUCUACCUGGUGGUCAAAUCGGUUGAAUUAAUGUCAGUUUACCAAUAUCCCGAGAAGUCUCAACAGGCAGUACUCACGCCACAAUUUUUGCAUGUCAUCACAAGUAACAACCUGCAGUGUUUCACAGUGCGGUGCAGUGCGGCAGCAGCUCGUGAAGAGGAUCCAUACGUGGACUCCACCCUGAAGGCUUGCCCACCUGUCAGUAUGGAUGUCUGUGCUUUAAGAAUACAGCUUUUCAUAGGCUUGAAAGCCAUCUGUCACUUUAAAAACCACAUCAUACUUCUGACCAAGGCAGACCCUGAGGCCAUUCCAGAGAGAAGAGAGGCACCAAGGAGGCUUCUUUCUAGAAAAGAUACCAGUGUAAAGCUCAAAACACCUCCUGUAGCCGAGGCUGGGUGGAAUUUGUAUAUUGUGAAUACAAUCUCACCAGUGCAACUGUACAAAGAAAUGGUAGACUACAGUAAUACCUACAAGACUGCAAAAACCCAGAGCUGCAUCCACCUUCUUAGUGAGGCCCAUCUGUUAGUGAGAGCUGCCCUGAUGGAUGCCAGUCAGCUGGAACCUGGAGAAAAAGCAGAACUUUUAGAAGCAUUUAAAGAAAGCUGUGGGCACCUAGGAGACUGUUACAGCAGGCUUGACACCCAGUAUUCGCACCUCGCCUUGCCCUACUAUAAGAUGUCUGGUUUAUCUAUGGCUGAAGUUUUGGCUCGAGUGGACUGGGCAGUCGAGGAAGGAUCACAGAAAUAUGAGAGGGGGUUAAUCUUUUACAUUAGUCAUUCACUUUAUGAGAACCUGGAUGAAGAAUUAAGUGAAGAAUUAGCAGUAAAAGUGGUUCAGAUGUUUCAUGUGGCUGAGCCAAAGCAGCUGCCCCAUAUCCUCUGUAGUCCUUCUAUGAAGAAUAUUAACCCUCUAACUGCCAUGAGCUAUCUAAGGAAACUGGAUACUUCCGGGUUUUCAUCAAUCUUAGUGACAUUGACCAAGGCAGCAAUGGCUCUGAAAAUGGGAGAUCUUGACAUGUACAGAAAAGAAGUGAAAAGCCAUUCAGAGAUGAAAUUAGUAUGUGGCUUUAUUCUUGAACCUCGGCUAUUGAUUCAACAGAAGAAGGGACAGAUGGUUCCAACUGAGCUUGCAGUUCACUUGAAAGAGACCCAGCCUGGGUUGCUUGUGGCUUCAAUCUUGGGGUUGCAGAAGAACAACAAGAUUGGGAUUGAAGAAUCAGAUUCCUUCUUUAAGGUGCUCUGUGGUAAGGAUGGAGAUAUGAUUCCUCAGCUGUUGGUGGACUUUUGGGAAGCUCAGCUGAUAGCAUGUCUCCCAGAUGUGCUACUGCAGGAACUCUUUUUCAAGCUCACAUCACAAUACAUCUGGAGAUUAUCAAAGAAGCAGCCCCCUGACACCAUACCAUUGCGAACAUCAAAGGAUCUGAUAAACGCCUGUAGCCAUUAUGGCUUAAUCUAUCCAUGGGUUAAUGUCUUAAUAACAUCUGAUUCCUUAGCUGACAAAAAUUAUACAGAAGAUCUCUCCAAAUUACAGUCUCUUAUAUGUGGUCCUUCAUUUGACAUAGCUUCCAUUGUUCCGUUCUUGGAGCCUCUCUCAGAAGACACUGUUGCUGGCCUCAGUGUCCAGGUUCUGUGCCGGACGCGUCUGAAAGAGUAUGAGCAGUGCAUAGACACACUGCUAGAGAGGUGCCCAGAGGCGGUCGUUCCAUAUGCUAAUCAUGAACUGAAAGAAGAGAAUCGGACUUUGUGGUGGAAAAAACUGCUGCCUGAACUUUGUCAGAGAAUAAAAUGUGGCGGAGAGAAAUAUCAACUUUACCUGUCAUCAUUAAAAGAAACACUGUCAGUUGUUGCUGUGGAACUAGAACUAAGGGACUUCUUGAAUGUCCUUCCAGAAGAUGGCACUGCAGCAUUUUUCUUGCCAUAUCUUCUUUAUUGCAGCCAAAAGAAAUCAUUGACUUGAAGGUAUCAUUUGGAAAUCAGCAUAAUAGCAUGUGAGACUGAAUUUAAAAAAAUUGAAUGCCAAGUAAAAAUAUAAAUAAAGGAUUUUCAUAUUGAAUAUGUGCAUAUAUUGCAAAUGCUUUCAUGUUGCUUACCUUACUAUGGUAUUUCAUAAUUUAUUGCCUGAAUCCAUUUAGAUUCCAUCUAGAAUCUAAAAACUACAAGGUAUAAGAAUUUCCUCAAAGAAACCAUAUAUUUUUAAAAGUAGAGAUUGACUUUUAUUUCAAGGAACAUCAAUUUACUGUUGUCAGAGAUAUGACAGUCUUUCUCAUCCCAGGACUACAAAGAACCAUUUUGCAAGUAUGUGUGAAAGAAUGUCACUCCAUGAGGUCCAAAAUUCAGUCUCCUUGAUUUUUCCAGUUUUUCUAUUGGGUCCCUUUUAAAAACAAUUUUCUUUGAGAAAGAUGUUAAUAUUUUCCCACAGUAAAAGAUUUCAAUCUUUAUUAUUUUGUUACUUUUAAAACCCACUGCUACCUUUCUUUCUGAAUCACAUGAAGUAGAAUUUUCCAAAGUAACUUUCUUGACUAGCUGUUAUCAUGAUAUGCUGAAUACAUGCUUUUUAGCCAAAACCUCAUUUCCAUUUUUUGUUGAUGUGUACUCCUGCUCUUUUAGCUAGAGUGUAUGUGAAAAUAAAGGAACAUAUAAUGGUA